GGACAUAAAUUAAAAUGAACCAACCAACCAAAAAAGAAGACAAGAUAAGAUGGCCUCUCUUCUCUCUCCCGCCACGGCCACCGCCACCGCCACCUCCGCCGCUUUUCAUUCCUGCUCCACCGCCGGUUUCUCCACUCCCACUCACAUUUCAUCCCAGAACAGCAGCCGCCGGCCUUAUUCUUAUAUGAUGAGAUGCAGUUUUUCUCCGCAGGACUUAUCUGUUGAGUCUCUCUCUCAUCUCCCUGCUUUCCAUGACUUUCAGAAUUCCCUCGCCACAUUUUCGGAUACCCAGAAAUGGGGGUUCUUUUUCUCCGCCGGACUCGUCUGGUUUUACCUCACGGCGAGGCCUGGUGUUCUCAUCGGCGCCAUUGACGCCUACCUUCUCGCUCCGCUCCAGCUUGGCCUCGAUACUCUGAUUGGUAGGAGGUUGAAGAGGUCCGAUUUCUUGGUCACAGAGAAACUCGGCGAAGGCUCUUUCGGCGUCGUCUAUGCCGGCGUCUUACUCCCCAAGAAUUCUACUGUUGUUGAUGAGGCGAGGGUUAGCAAAGCAAGAGCUAAAGCUAUGGAAUUUACCGGCGAAUUCAAGCAGCGAGUCAUCCUCAAGAAGGUCAAGGUGGGAGUACGAGGUGCCGAGGAAUUCGGCGAGUACGAAGAGUGGUUCAACUACAGACUCUCAAGGGCCGCUCCCGAGACCUGCGCUGAGUUUCUCGGAAGCUUUGUCGCCGACAAGACCAAUACUAUGUUUACAAAAGGCGGCAAAUGGCUUGUCUGGAGGUUCGAGGGAGACCGUGAUCUCGCUGAUUACAUGAAAGAUCGGAGCUUUCCUUCCAAUCUGGAGUCCAUCAUGUUUGGGCGCGUUCUCCAAGGAGUAGAGUCUGUGAAACGUCGUGCAUUGAUCAUUAAGCAGAUCAUGCGCCAGAUCAUUACAUCUCUCAGGAAAAUCCAUGAUACGGGCAUUGUUCACCGGGACGUGAAGCCUGCCAACUUGGUGGUUACAAAGAAGGGCCAGAUUAAGCUCAUCGACUUUGGUGCUGCUGCUGAUCUUCGCAUUGGCAAGAAUUACAUCCCGGAACGCACUUUACUCGAUCCUGACUACUGUCCUCCUGAGCUCUAUGUCCUCCCUGAGGAAACGCCAAGUCCUCCUCCCGAGCCUAUUGCCGCUUUGCUUUCCCCGAUUCUCUGGCAGUUGAACAGUCCGGAUCUGUUUGAUAUGUAUUCUGCUGGGAUUGUGCUCCUGCAAAUGGCGGUUCCGACCUUAAGAUCUACUGCCGGUCUGAAGAAUUUUAAUCUGGAGAUCAAGUCAGUUGAAUAUGAUCUUAAUAGAUGGCGGGACAGGACUCGCACGAGGCCAGACUUGAGCAUACUAGAUCUGGACUCGGGCAGAGGGUGGGACCUCGUCACUAAACUCAUAUCCGAGAGAGGUUCUCUGAGACGUGGACGCCUUUCAGCAGCUGCUGCUCUCAGACACCCUUAUUUUUUGUUGGGUGGUGAUCAAGCGGCCGCUGUUCUUUCAAAGCUCACUUUCAGCAAGUGACUCUGAUUUUAUUCUUAUGAUGUAAAUGUACACAAUAACACAACUCCGUUCCU